AUGAAAUCAAUAGUAAUUAAAUUACUAUUGUUAUCUAUUAUAUGCAACUGUUUGGAAGCUGCAGUACAAUGGCCAACUAAUGGUCAUUUUUACGAUGUUCUAAAGCCAAGCAGUCGUCCCUCACAAUUCACCGACGCCUUGACUUGGGCAGCUUCACAAAAACCAGCAGGUAUUCCAGCUGGAUACGUCGCAUAUGUCGGAAAUAUCAACACUGCCGAAGAGUUGGCAUUCAUUCUUUCUAAAAUACCGGCAGCCACAUCAAACACAUUCUACGUUUCAUCGGUGCGUGGCGACACAAUGAACGCCUGGAAAAUUCUGGCCGGUCCAGAAACAGGACAAAUCCACUACGAUACAAUCAGUUUGAAGUGUUUGUUGUAUUGUAACUGGGCAUUUGGAGAGCCCGACAAUCUCCAAGCCAACAACAUCUACUAUGAUCCUACAGCAAAGGCAUUCUUAAACGGUUUAUACUCGGAUGCCGGCACUCUCUAUUUCCUUAUUGAAUGGGGACCUGCCAACGAACCAUUUAUACCACCUGUGCCAACUAGCGGUGCAACAGUAACUGUCACCACCAAUGGAUGUAAUACAGCCAAAACCAAUAUUACAUUUACACCAUCGGGCGGACAAGCCACUCAACUCACAGUACUCACCACCACAACCAACACUGUUCAAUUCAAAAUUCCACCCGGUGGAAAUAUCAGUAGUUUUGCAAUUACCGAUGGUAGUGCUGCAUGUACAUUUUCCAACCCAAUUUAUAAAUAUUUAACACCAGCAAUUGAAUUGGUUUAUCCUUCAUUGAUUACUGGUACACAAAUUACUAUUACUGGUCAAAGUUUUGGAAGUGUUGCAAGUGAUAUCAAUAUUAAACUUGGUUUUUCAUCGGUUUCAUGUACUUCACCAGUACUAAUUACACCACAUACACAAUUGUCAUGUAAUCUUCCAUUCACACCAACCACCAGUACAACCAUCUUCCCUCUUUCCAUUCAAAUUGGUUCAUCCAAUCCAUUUUAUUCUCUAUCUUUUCCAAUCUAUGAUAAAUAUAAUAUGAGAGCAAUUGCUUUCAAUCCAAGUCAAAAUAGUUAUGAUCAAGGUACUUGGUUCAUUCAAGGUACACCUGGAUAUGCCAUACAAGGAUAUACAAACUAUGGUGGAAUUCCAAGUUCUCCAGACCAAAUCUCAAUGAGCACUCUUGUUUUCCCAUUUGCUUCGGUCGGUUAUGACUUCCACGUCUCGAUCGUUGGUACUUCCAACUCUUGUAAUAUGAAGAAUUUCGGUGGUCCAUUCGAUGGAACACCCGUAAUCAAUGCUCUCAAAAAGUGUGAUGCCACCAAGUUGGUCGCCUGUCCAAAUGGAUUCGCAGGUGGUGUUGGACCAGAGACAACCUCUUACUUCCAAUAUCGUGAUUCCAUCUACGGUCAAAACAAUGCCAACGACGACGGACAACACGGUAAUAUCAUUAUGUUUGGUAUCACACCAAAGAUGUCGGACAGCGGUAACAAGUAUUUCAAUACAUCCGGUGGUUUCUAUAAUGUUACUUUUGCCGGUGGUGUUGGUUUCGCUUUCACCAAACGUACUCUUCUCAUCAAUGGAGUAUCGAUUCCACAAGCCAAUCUGCAACCAUUCUUCGAUAAGAGUGUCAUCCAAGUAAAUGUUCCAGCUGGAACAGGUGGACCAAAAUCAUCAGUGUUUGGUUUCGAGUCGGCUUACAAUUUAGCUGGUCCAGGCUUUGGUUACUAUGCACCAUGGAUUAGUUCAACAAGUAAUCCAUCUACUCUUGGAGAUGCGCUAGUGAUUAACGGUGUCAAUUUCGGUAAUAACAAAGCUGUUGUUACUGUCACCAUCGAUACCAAUAUCAAUUGUCCAGUCACCUCGAUUAGCAUUCCACACAACCAAAUCACCUGUACAAUUCCAGCUGGUGUUGGAACCCAUUCAAUUACUGUCAACGUCGAUGGACAAGUUCAAACCAACACAUACUCAGUGGUCUAUGCAGCACCAGCCAUUACCUCUAUCACUCAAAACGGUGUUCAACUCUCAGUUUCUGGUACCAAUUUUGGAUCAACACAAAGUGCGAUUUCUGUGAAUCUUCCAUCUCCAACAACAGUAUCUCUAGGUGGUAUUUUGGGAUCUACUUACACUGUUGUUGUUACUCUUCCAAUCAUUGUUAAAAAUGGUUUAAUCACUAUCACUGUUGCUGGUCAAACUUCAGUUGGAUACCCAUGGAAUUACGUUCCAAUCAUCACUGGAAUUUCACCAAAUGUUGUAAAUUCAGUUGGAGGUGAUGUGGUUGUUAUUACCGGACAAUUCUUGAAUGCCAAUCGCCAAGAUAACUCUGCUGUAAAUGCAACCAUUCAACUGGGAGGAAAAGAAUGUGGUUCACCUUACUUCUCUUCGAAUUCGACCAAUACCAUGGUACAAUGUAACUCACCAAAAGGAACUGGAAAGAAUCUACCAGUCCAAGUCACCAUCGACGAUAAACCAUCAAACAUUCUCAACUCUUUCUCUUACCUUCCUCCAGUAGUUACAGCAUUCACUCAAGUUGGAACCGUUGCUACCAUUGCCGGCCAGAAUUUCGGUGAGGAUUUCUCAGUUGUUUCAGUAACCUACAAUGGUGUCAACACAGUUCCAGCAACCUCUAUCAAUCUCCUCAGAAAUUCAGUUGUUGCAUCAAUUCCAUACGACACCACCAACGGUAUCAUCACAGUGACAGUCAACGGACAGACAUCUGAUAGUUUCAAUAUCGCCAUUGCUCCAAUGAUCACAGGUGUUUCUGAUGUUCCAACUGCAGGUGGUAACAUUGUACUCACAGGUUACUAUUUCAAUCCAACCGACUACAAAAGUAAUCCACUUUCACUCAGUGUCACAUUCGAUGGUCAACCAUGUACCAAUCCCGUGAUCACAACACCCAAUUUCCAAUUGAAAUGUAAUGCUCCAGCUGGUACCGGUGCUAAUCUCACAGUUGAAGUUUCCAUUCAAGGUGCCGUCGCCGAUUUCCUCGUCAGUUAUCUUCCACCACAAAUCGUAACUGUUUCCAACUCACCAAAUUCAUUCACAAUCAGUGGAACCCAAUUUGGAUCGGAUAGUUCACUUAUCCAAGUUGUCUACACAGCUGAUAAUGGUUCGGUAAUCAUUUUAUCCGAUUCCGUUUACACCAACAACUCUGUACAAUCGAUUAUUUCCAAUUCCAUCCCAGAGAAUGCGAUCAACGGUCCAAUUUCAGUUAUCGUAAAUAGACAAUCAUCGAACCAAUUGCCAUAUACUCUUGUCCCAAUUAUCAGCUCUGCCAGCAAUCCACCAACAAUGGGUGGUCAAAUCACAAUCACAGGUUCACAUUUAACUUCCUACAGAUCCGAUGGUACCAAUACAACCUUAUCAGUUCAAGUCAAUGGUUUUGUUUGUAUGUACCCAGAAGUCCAAUCGUUCGAAUCGAUGGUUUGCAAUGUUUCCUACGGUACCGGUAUAAAGAAUUCAUUGGUAGUUUCAAUCGAUAAUUCACCAUCCAAUACAAUCCUAUUGGCAUAUAUGGCACCCUCCAUUUCAUCUUUUGAGCAAGAGGAUCUCUCCAUUAAAGUGAGUGGACAAAACUUUGGUAUGAAUACAGUAAUUACCUCUAUUACAUUUGACAGUGCAUCCGGUCCAAUUUCAUCGGUCAACCAAAAUGUUUUGAUGGGACCAAUACCAACACAAUCAAGAAGUGGUCAAUUCAAAGUUACUGUAGAUGGUCAAGAUUCCAAUUUGCUGGAUAUCAACAUUAAGCCAGUGCUUCAAUCGAUCUCAUCUACUGGUACCUCUGGUGGUGAAAUCACAAUCGUUGGAUAUUUCUUGAAUUUCUACAGACAAAAUGUCAGCAGCACCAACCUCACUGUCGACUUCCUCACUUCUCCACCAUCUUCAUGUACCAAUCCACAGUCUAUUUUUGUUGAUAACACAUACACAGCCUUGACUUGUCAAGCUCCAGCUGGAUCAGGUUUCAAUAUUCCAGUGAGAGUAACUAUCGAUGGAAAGUCAGAUACCAUUCCUUUCAGUUAUGGUGCACCAACUUUGACUUCAGUCAAAGUUAGUAAGAGUAAUUUAGUUGUUGUAACUGGUACCAAUUUCGGAAAUGAUGCAUCGAGUGUACAAGUUACAUUGUCAGGCGAGGUAAUUGAACAAUUCACAUUAACCGACGACACUCACUUGCAAUUCAUUGCUCCAACUGAUGCAGUCAAUGGUAUGGUUACUGUCAGUGUACAGUCUAGAACCUCAAACGGUAUCCAAGCCAACCUCUAUCCAAUCCUCAGCGGUGUAUCUAUGUCCGAAACCCAAGGUAGUUUGGUAGUGUUGACCGGUUCCUAUUUGAAUCAAUUCUCCUACGGUGGAUAUCCAAAUCUUGUUGAAAUUCUCGUUGAUAAUCAAAAUUGUACAGACCUCGUCUGGUUGAAUAGUAGCUCUCAGGUAACUUGUUUGGCUCCACCAGGCACUGGUAUUGCCCACAAUAUUGGUAUUACAAUCGAAGGUCUCCCAGCCAACUCUUUGCCAUUCAAAUAUUAUCCACCUGCAAUUCAAUCGAUCACUCAAGAUGGUAACACUCUAACUAUCGACGGUGAGAAUUUCGGAAACUAUCAACCAAAGGUUUCCAUUUCCAAUAAUUAUCAAAUUCAAUCUGUCAAUCAUACUCAAGUAGUUGUUACUCUACCAACCGAUGCUCUUAACAACCAAUUUACCAUUACUGUAGACGGCCAGAUUUCCAACCCAUUCCUCCUUGAGAUUGCCCCGCUCAUCACUUCAACAACAUCUACAUCUCCAUAUGGUGGAGCUGUUACAAUUACUGGUAGCUACCUCAAUGAAAAAGAUUCCAAUGGAAAUGAAAAUACUGUAACCAUCAGCAUUGGUGGACUUCCAUGUUCAUUGAAUAAGACUAUUGUUGUUGGCAAGCAAUUCCUUUGCACAAUUGGAGAGUCAUCUCUUUUGAAUGCUCAAGUAUUGGUUUCCAUCGGAUCCAAGAAUGGUACUGGAAUUUACACAUCUGUAUCACCAUCUAUCACUUCUUCAAGCCAAUUGUUCUACAUGAUUCCAGGAAAUGUUACUAUUACCGGUCAGGAAUUUAUCAACCCUCUCGUUGUCUACAUUGGAAAUGACACUUGUUCUUCUCCAGAUUUAGUUUCACCAACUACUGUUGUUUGUAAAUUCAACUCCACACAAGUAUUAGCUCUAAAUGAACAAGCAAAUAUAACCAUUCAAUCUGGAUUGCUCAAUGGAUUCAACUCUGUAUUCUCAUACUACAUUGAGGAUUGCGAGAAGAAUUGUUCAAACAAUGGUCUAUGUUAUUCUGGAUUCUGUCAAUGUAAUAGCGGAUUCUCGGGAUCUUUGUGUGAUAUCAAAUACGAUGCCCAAGUUCUACCAACUCUUAGCUCAUACACCUCAACAUUCAAAGCAUCGAAUAUUUCAUUCACUGUUGAAAUUGCUGGUAUCCGUGAGGUCACAUCGGCAAUGGAAUCAGUCAAAUUUGUUGGAAUGGAUACACUCAACUGGACUCUAGGUAAUUCUAACCAAAAUCCUCAAAAGAUGGAGAGCAUCUACAUUGGAAACAGUAGUGAGAAUAUCAGUUUGCAGUUGACAACCACUCAAUGGUUGCAGAAUUCUCUCUCUCACUUUGUCGGACAAGUUUUGCCAAGUCCCUCCAAUUCUGUUAAACAUUCAAUAGUUAUCAAUAGUUGGCCAUUUGCCUCACAAAUGAAUUCACUUCAAUUGGUAUACAAAGUUUCCUACAUUUCCGAUAUCUUUGAAUGCAAGAAUGUGACAGCCAACACUGGAAUCUACUAUAAUCUCCUCACCAACCAAAUGAGUUCAUUUACAUUGGACACUCCAUACGCUGUUCUAACCGGAACAUUCUCCAAUCGUGUCAACAGAGAUUCCAUUGGAAAUCUUAUGGCAAUUCAAUCAUCGAACCAAACAACAACAGAGAUUCCAGUAGGAAACAAUACCAUUUUGGUUUCCCUCAAUAUUCCAUCAUUUGAAACAUCAGUUGCAAUCGAUCCCAUCUUUGUAUCAUAUUCCAAGAUUACCACUGACUCUAAUAUUUGCAACACCGACAAUGGUGGUGGUUCAAAAUCAAACAAAUGGCUCAUUCCAGUCAUCGUAGUUGGUUCCAUGCUUGGUGCUAUUGCAAUUGGAGCUGGAGGUUACAUGGCCCACAGAAAGAGAAAACAAAAUAUUGAAAUGAAAAAGAAAAUGGUUCAAAUGGAUAUAAAUAGUUAA